AUGGUUUACAGCGGGAAACCAAGUCUAGCCUGCGAACGCUGUCGCCCGCGGCGCCUAAAGUGCGAUUGGGGGAGACCAGCAUGCUCCCAGUGCAUUCGGGCUAAAGUUGACUGUCCCGGGUAUCGAUCUGCUUUGGAGUAUACCUUUCGUGACCAAAGUCGUGAUGUUAUUCGCAAGGCACAACUCAAAGCCGAAAAGGAAUCCAAAGAAAUUAGCAAGCGACAAAAGCGGACCGUCAAGGGUGACAGCAACCAAAUGCUGACUUACUCGCCUUCACCUUCCUCAAGCCUAUCUCAUCCAACCGCAGAACUGGCGAAGGGAUAUCUCUUUGUGAAUUACAUUGCCAAGGGUGAUCGAGGGGCGUAUAUGCCGUAUCUUUCGACUCUGACAAAUCAUUUGGAGAGCUCCGCUGUGGACGAUGCUCUUACGGCUGCCGGUCUGGCGGCCUUGUCCAAUAUCCAUAGGUCUCCCCAGAUGAUGUAUACAGCCCGUAAACACUAUAUGGCCGCGUUGUCGCAAACUAAUAACUCCCUCGGUAACGCGCAUCUGUGUACGAGGGAUGAAACUUUAGCAACAGUUGUGCUAUUGAGCAUGUUUGAAGUAUUGACCUGCGGCGAUGACCUCUUUAUGACAAGAUGGAUAAAGCACUUAGAUGGCGCGGCAAUUUUGAUUGAGACCAGGGGUCGAGAGCAAUUAUCUCGACCGGAAGGAUUGGUGCUAUUCAGUCAGUUACGUACCCAGAUAGUGCUCAGUCAUGUGUAUCGGCAAAAGCAUACCUCGGCAGUGAUUCGUGGCCUCAGUCAAGAAGCAGCAAAAUACCGACUGAAUAAAGACGAUACAAUUAUCGAUCGACUGAGUGGCGUGACCAUUCCACUCGGUGAUCUCUGUGCAGAUAUCAAGGAGGGUACAAUAAGUUGCCCUUCGGACAUAGUGCGUUGCGCCUUAGAAUUAGAUGCACAGCUCCAAUCGAUAAUGUCCGAUAUACCUGCUUCAAUGGGCUACAGGACUGUCAACGUUGCCCUAGCUCACAGAGUGCAUAUGGAUAACACUGUUUGGGGAGCCCAAUAUCACACUUACCGAGAUAUUACCGUGAGUAGCUUCUGGAACAACUAUCGAUCUGCCAGGCUGGUACUCCUGGAAUUGAUCGUUGAAGCAAUCAGAGCCAUGAAGACUCCUUUGCUCGGCAACACAAAAGAAGCACAUCAUCAUGUAUUGCGGCAAUGCCAGGAAAUAUCCCGUCAAUUAGUUGAGGAUAUUUGCGCAAGUGUGCCAUUUCAUCUCGGAUCGGUUGUGGACGACAACCAUGUCGACAAAACCUCCAGUCAUUCAACCUUUCAGAGCUCGUCAGACAUAUAUAAGCAUCGUGCAUCUAAGUCGCCUCGCUUGUUCUCUGGGUCUCCAUUGGUGGUUCCAGCGGCCGGUGGUUUCGCCUUAAUGUGGCCUUUGUUGAUUGCUGCGGAUUCUGGUUAUGCCUCCAAGGAACUUCGAGCUUGGAUCAUAGAUUGUUUAAGCAGAAUUGGCCGUUCUAUGGGAAUCAACCAGGCAUUAGCAAUGGCACAACUGGUACGAGAGGGCGAGAGUACGCGGGCCUGGCUAUCUCCAGAGUAUUCUUCACCAGAACAAGACGACCGGGAUGGGGCAAUGUUGAACGAAGCCGGAGCUCUAUAG